ACUACAAUAAAUGGAAGAGAAAAAAAAUCAAAAAAAGAGAAGGAAAAGGAAAAUGCACUCAGUGUUGGCUGCUUCCAACUGUUUCGAUUUGCCACCUGGAAAGACACCCUGAUGAUGGUGGUGGGGAGUUUGUGCGCCCUCAUCCACGGCGCCGCUUCACCUCUCAUGCUCCUGGUGUACGGCAUGAUGACGAACACUUUUGUGGCUUAUGAGCUCGAAGUGCAAGAACUGAAAGACCCAAACAAGACGUGCAACAACGACACCAUCUAUUGGAUUAACGGUUCCGUAUAUGAAACAGCUGAAAACAGCACAGUGGCCUGCGGGGUGGACAUUGAAUCACAGAUGACCAUGUUCGCAUAUUACUACAUUGGGAUUGGAUUAGGAGUUCUGGUUUUGAGUUAUUUUCAGAUUUACUUCUGGGUGUUUUCGGCUGCAAGACAAAUUCAGAGAAUACGAAAGACCUACUUCAGGAAAGUAAUGCGAAUGGAGAUCGGAUGGUUUGACUGCAACUCUGUAGGAGAACUGAACACGAGGAUAUCUGAUGAUAUCAACAAGAUCAACAACGCAAUCGCUGAUCAGGUGUCGAUAUUCAUUGAGAGGCUCUCCACGUUUGUGUUUGGCUUCAUGGUUGGAUUCAUGGGUGGGUGGAAGCUGACUCUGGUGGUCAUCGCAGUGAGCCCUCUGAUUGGACUAGCUGCCGGACUGAUGGCUAUGGCUGUGGCCAGGCUGACAGGACGAGAGCUAAAGGCCUAUGCAAAGGCAGGAGCCGUAGCUGAUGAGGUUCUGUCUGCCAUCAGAACAGUAGCAGCUUUCGGUGGAGAGGAAAAGGAAGCCGAGAGGUAUGACAAAAACCUGGUGGAGGCUCAGAACUGGGGAGUAAAAAAGGGCACAAUCAUAGGAGUGUUUCAAGGAUACCUGUGGUGCAUCAUCUUCCUGUGUUACGCUUUGGCCUUUUGGUACGGCUCCAGACUAGUCAUCGACACCAAGGAGCUGUCUCCUGGUGGUCUCAUUCAGGUUUUCUUUGGAGUGCUGAUGGCAGCUAUGAACCUUGGCCAGGCCUCGCCGUGCCUGGAGGCUUUCGCUUCUGGACGAGCAGCUGCAAAGUCCAUCUUUGAAACAAUUGACCGGGAACCAGAAAUUGAUUGUUUAUCAGAAGAGGGCCACAAGCUAGACAAAGUAAAAGGCGACAUUGAGUUCCAUGACAUCUCUUUCUACUACCCAUCUCGGCCAGAAGUCAAGAUUUUAGAUAAUCUGAGCAUGAAGAUCAACGCGGGAGAAACCACUGCUUUCGUUGGGCCGAGUGGUUCUGGAAAGAGCACCACAGUUCAGCUCAUUCAGAGGUUUUAUGACCCAAAGGAAGGAAUGGUGACUUUGGACGGCCAUGACAUCCGUACCCUAAACAUCCGGUGGCUCCGCUCUCUCAUCGGUAUUGUGGAGCAGGAACCAGUGCUGUUUGCCACAACCAUUGCAGAGAACAUCCGCUAUGGUCGGCCUGGGGUCACCAUGGAAGACAUUAUCCAGGCAACAAAGGAAGCUAAUGCUUACAGUUUCAUAAUGGAUCUACCACAGCAAUUUGACACUCUGGUGGGUGACGGUGGAGGCCAGAUGAGUGGAGGACAGAAGCAGAGGAUUGCUAUCGCUCGAGCUCUCAUCCGAAACCCCAGAAUCCUGCUGCUGGAUAUGGCCACAUCUGCCUUGGACAAUGAGAGUGAAGCUAUCGUCCAGGCAGCGCUAGACAAUGUACGGACAGGAAGGACAACAAUUUCUAUAGCCCACAGACUGUCCACAAUUAGAAACGCAGAUGUCAUCAUUGGGUUUGAGCACGGGCAGGCUGUGGAGAGAGGAACGCACAGCGAGCUGCUGGAGAAGCAGGGCGUCUACUUCACUCUGGUCACGCUGCAGAACCAAGGCUCAUCCAACACAGCUAACGAUGUGAUCAGUGAGUCUCUUGAAGAAGAUUUUGAUCAACGAGUGAGGAGUUUUAGCCGUGGAAGCUCCAGAUCUAGUAAAAGGAGCUCUGUUCGACUGCGAUCUCAGAGCAAACUGUCUUCCGAUUUUGUCCCGGAUGUACUAUCAGGCAGCUUCAGUAUGCUUUCUGACGAGCACAUCACACCAGACGAUAAACUUGAGGAUGAUGCAGACGAACAUGUGGAGCCUGCUCCAGUUGCACGCAUCCUGAAGUACAACCGGCCGGAGUGGCCCUACAUGCUGCUGGGCUCCCUGGGAGCUGCUAUCAAUGGCUCGAUCAACCCCAUCUACGCUGUUCUGUUCAGCCAGAUCCUUGGGACCUUUGCCAUUCGUGACGUAACUGAGCAGAGGGAGCAGAUCAACGGGAUCUGUGUUCUGUUUUGUCUUGUGGCUGUGGUCAGCUUCUUUUCACAGUUUGUGCAGGGUUACGCUUUUGCAAAAUCUGGAGAGCUGCUGACCCGUCGCCUGAGGAAAGUGGGCUUCCAGGCCAUGCUGAGACAGGAGAUCGGCUGGUUUGAUGACAAUAGAAACAGUCCUGGAGCUCUGACCACCAGACUGGCCACAGACGCUUCCAUGGUCCAGGGGGCGACAGGUUCUCAGAUCGGCAUGAUUGUUAACUCGCUGACCAGCAUAGGAGCCUCGUUCAUCAUCGCCUUCUACUUCAGCUGGAAGUUAACGUUGGUAAUUAUGUGCUUCCUGCCUCUCCUCGGGCUGUCUGGAGCUUUCCAAGCCAAAAUGCUGACAGGUUUUGCAAAUGAAGACAAAAAAGCCAUGGAGGAAGCAGGACAAGUGUCCAGUGAGGCUCUCGCCAACAUCAGGACAAUAGCAGGCUUGGCCAAAGAGAGCUUAUUUGUGAAAUCAUACGAAGAGAGACUCGAGCUCCCAUAUACAUCUGCUAAGAAGAAAGCCAACAUCUAUGGGUUAUGUUUUGGUUUUGCCCAGUGUGUCAUCUUCAUGGCCUACGCUGCUUCGUUUAGAUAUGGAGGCUACCUGGUCAGCACUGAGGGGCUUCAGUACAUGUUUGUUUUUAGAGUGAUCUCAGCCGUAGUCAUCAGUGGGACGGCACUGGGCAGAGCUUCCUCCUUCACUCCAGAUUACGCCAAAGCCAAAUCUGCUGCUGCUCAGUUUUUCCAAAUGUUGGACAGAGUUCCUAAAGUCAGCAUCAGCCCGUCAGAUGGAAAGAAAUGGGACAACUUCAAAGGGAACAUAGAGUUCCUUAAUUGCAAGUUUACCUAUCCGAGCCGACCAGACAGCCAGGUGCUGAAGGGCCUGGUUGUGUCUGUGAAGCCCGGUCAGACUUUGGCGUUUGUUGGAAGCAGCGGCUGUGGCAAGAGCACCAGUGUUCAACUGCUGGAAAGGUUCUACGACCCUGAUGAAGGACAUGUGCUGAUUGAUGGCCAUCGAUCUCAUUCAGUCAAUGUGCCGUUCCUGAGAUCUCAGAUUGGCAUCGUGUCCCAGGAGCCUGUUCUGUUUGACUGCAGCAUCGCCGAGAAUAUACAGUACGGUGACAACACGCGCAACGUCAGCAUGGAGGAGAUCGUUGAGGCCGCAAAGAAAGCCUUUCUUCAUGACUUUGUGAUGGCGCUCCCAGACAAAUAUGAGACCCAGGUUGGUUCUCAGGGGUCUCAGCUGUCAAGAGGACAGAAACAGCGCAUCGCCAUCGCCCGGGCCAUUGUCAGGAACCCCAAGAUCCUCCUGUUAGAUGAGGCUACCUCUGCCUUAGACACAGAAAGUGAAAAGACGGUCCAGUCCGCUCUGGACGAGGCGAGAAAAGGACGAACCUGCAUUGUCAUCGCUCACCGGCUGUCAACCAUCCAGACGGCUGACAUCAUAGCAGUGAUGUCACAAGGAGUCGUCAUAGAGCAGGGCACGCAUGACAAACUCAUGGCCCAGAAGGGCGCCUACUAUAAACUGGUCACAACAGGCGCUCCUAUCAGCUAG